UUUAAUGCUGAAGUGGGAGGCAAGAUAUUGCAAGCUGACAAGGCGGAGUGCUGUUCAUAUGAUCUUGCGAUGGCUGUUGCAGGGAUAUGUGAUUGCCUAGACAAAAAAGUGCCUCUUUCUUUUUUGCUAUUACUAUUAUUUUGUGGCCUUGCUCUCGGACAAAUAAGAUAUUCCGUGCCGGAGGAAUCGGAGAGUGGAACGAUUGUAGGUGAUAUUGCACAGGAUUUGGGUUUGGAUGUUCGAAAGAUCCCCACCCGAAAGAUUAAGGUAACCUCUGACAGCGGCAAAAGGUACGUGGACCAUAAGAAUGGAAAAUUAUUGGUAAACGAGAGAAUUGACAGAGAGACAUUGUGUGAUACAAGCGCCGCGUGUGUUUUGAAUCUAGAGGUUCUUCUUGAGGACCCAAAUGAAGACCAUAAUGUCGAGGUGGAGAUACUAGACGUGAAUGAUAAUACGCCGCAGUUCCCCAGAGACGAGUAUCAAUUGGAGAUCACAGAGUCGGCUUUGCCGGGCUCUCGUUUUCCGAUCGAGCACGCGCAAGAUCCGGACAUCGGUACCAAUUCGGUUCGAUUGUACCGGCUCAGCCCAAACGAGCAUUUUGCUCUCGAUUCCAACAAGCCUUCGUUGAAUACUAAGCAUAUCGAGCUCGUUCUCAAAAAGCCCUUGGAUCGCGAGCUCGCCCCUUACCAUCAGUUAAUCCUGACAGCGACAGACGCUGGCACACCAGCACGAACAGGUACAGCUAAAAUUAACGUUCGCGUCUUGGAUUCGAAUGACAACAACCCCGUUUUUGACAGCUCAGUAUAUAAAGUCAAAUUGCUUGAAAAUUCGCCCAAAGACAAUUUGGUUAUCAAACUGAAAGCCACAGACCAAGAUGAAGGAACAAACGGGGAGGUGCUUUAUUCAUUCAGCAGUUACACCCCAGACAGGGUCAGGCAGAUUUUCAGCAUGGACACCAACACUGGAGAAAUCAGAGUCAAGAGCAAUGUGGACUACGAGGACACUAAUUCGUACGAAAUGUACAUCCAGGCCAUGGACAAAGGCCCAGCUCCAGUAGCAGCCCAUUGCAAAGUGGUGGUGGAGGUCGUGGAUGUCAAUGACAACGUUCCAGAGAUCGUGCUCUCGUCUUUGUCCAGUCCGGUGCGUGAAGAUGCCCGUGCAGAUACCGUGGUGGCCCUGAUCAGUGUGACAGACCGGGACUCUGGCCCUAACAAACAGGUUACCCUUGAAAUUCAACCUGGUCUUCCUUUCAAAAUCAAGUCGUUUAGAAAUUAUUACACCUUGGUAACCUCUGCCUUUCUUGACCGCGAAACCACAGCAGCCUAUAAUGUCACCCUCAGCGCUACAGAUGCCGGCAACCCUCCCCUUUCGUCUCAGAAGACCAUUCAGGUGGAUGUCGCAGAUGUGAACGACAACCCUCCACGCUUUGAGCAGACCUCCUACACUGUGUAUGUCAUGGAGAACAAUGCACCUGGAGCCUCGCUCUGCACUGUCAAAGCUCAGGACGCGGAUGUCAAUGAAAACGCUCGCAUCACCUACACGGUCCUAAACGACAACAAUCACGGGAUCCCGGUCACCUCCUAUGUGUCAGUUAAAGCAGACACAGGUGUUGCCUAUGCCCUUCGCUCCUUUGACUACGAGUCAUUACGGGAGUUUCACUUCCAGGUUAAAGCUCAGGAUGGGGGUAUCCCACCACUCAGCCGUGUAGCCACUGUCUACAUCUACAUAAUGGAUCAAAACGACCAUGCGCCCGAGAUUGUGAGUCCUCCAGCCAAUGGCACACGCUUAACAGAGACAGUUCAGAAAAAUGCAGAGCCAGGAAGUUUGAUCACAAAGGUAGUGGCCUAUGAUGCAGAUGCAGGACAGAACGCAUGGGUCGUCUAUCUGCUGGACCAGGCCAGCGAUCUGGAUCUCUUUAAAGUUCACGAACACACAGGAGAAAUUCGUACCACGCGGCGCGUCCUUGAAGACAACUCCACCUCUUUCAGUCUAACUGUACUAGUAAGGGACCAUGGCGAACCACCUCUGUCAUCCACCGCUACAAUCAACGUCGCUGUCAUGGAGGUGCCACUAAAAGUCACGCCUGACCCCAAGCGAAUUAUCCGCCCUCACAGCUCUCUCUUGUUUUCCAACGUGACAUUGUACCUCAUUGUAGCCUUGAGCGCCACCACCUUUGUGUUCUUGGUGACAGUGGUUGUGCUGGCUAUCGUGCGCUGCCAUGCCUAUUGCACCCAGCCCGGGUCCUGUUCGCCCUGCUGCGUGUCCCAGAAGGCCCAAGCGGAAGGUGGCUCAGGAGGGGGAGGCGGAGGUGGUGGUGGUGGCUCUCAACCCAAUAACAAUGUGGUGCUUAGACGAGACCUCAAGGUUGAGCCUCAUCAUAUUGAGGUCCGGGGUAAUGGCUCUCUGACCAAAACCUAUUGCUACAAGACCUGUCUGACUGCUACUUCGGGCAGCGACACGUUCAUGUUCUACAACACAGGCCGACCCAUCAGUGGCACCUGGGGCUCCGAGCGCUUUUUUACAGGAGGGAGCGGAUUUGUUCGCAGGCUUAGUAUGCCAGAUGCAGCACUACAGCCCAAAGGACCAAAUGCUGACUGGCGUUACUCUGCUUCGUUGAGGGCAGGAGUGCAGAGUUCUGUGCAUAUGGAGGAGGCAUCAGCUGUGAUGCAGGGAGCGCAAGGCAUGCUGGUCCAGAACUGGCCCACAGUCUCCAGUGCAGCAGAUGGGGAGGGAGAGGGACAGCUGUCCCCUCCUGUUGGAGCUGGAAUCAAUAGUAACAGCUGGAGCUUCCGCUACGGUGCAGGCCCCGGCUACGGUCCUCCACAAGCCCUGAAGCCGGGAGAGAUCCCCCCUGAAGCCUUCAUUAUUCCCGGCUCUCCUGCCAUCAUCUCCAUCCGGCAGGACCCAGGUGCCGUUGAUGAUAAGGGCGAGUUCAUCACCUUCGGAAAAAAAGAGGAGUCUAAGAAGAAGAAAAAGAAGAAGAAGGAAAAGAAGGACAAGAAAGAUAAAGGAAAAGAUGAUGGCGAGGAGUAGCAAAGAACGUCCCACUACAAUAUUACAGCUAUUAACUUAUGUGUGUAGCAAAUGCUGCCAGAAAGAGAAAACCAAAAAUACUGAAAAUGUAAAGAGAGAAGUUCCUUCUAUAUACCUUAUUUACCAAUUCCAGUUGAAGAAAGAAGAGAAAUUGAAAAUUAACCUUGUGAACAUGUUACUCUGAUUGGCUAUUUUUCUAGUUCUGGCGCAGAAAUUAAACAGCGAUGUUCAAGAAAGAACUCCAGUCUGCAAAAUGCAAACCAAGCCCACUCGCACCUUGUAAAUGACAUUUUCAACCACAAUGAGGGAAGUCCCUCUCCUCUUUUAAAAGGAUCAAAUUAAUCCAGUUAAACUGGAUAUGAACUCAUGCCAUACCAAGAGUUUUCUCUAACUCCAUCCCUGCCUUCCUCCCUCAAUGUCAAAUGGGGAAGGAACAACCACCCCUGGCCCCGUCUCACUCCUUGAUCUGCUGGAAACAAAAAGACACUACAACUUUAUCAGAAAGACCAGUGUCUGAUUUCUAGAGCAGAUCAAAAAUAAAUGCCUACAGAGAUGGGAAUGUAGCAGCGAAAUCACUUGCUUUACACUCACAAAUACGUCCUAGAACAGGGCACAGAGAUCUCUAGCGCUUCUGUGCUGCUCCCAAAGUAAUGCUGAAAUCUCAGAAUGAUGCUUUACUCAGUAUAUUUUCUAAGAGCAAGUAAAUCUCAUCUUAUACAGUC